CAGCUGGGCGGGCGGACAGUAACCGCGCGACUCUGGCAGUGUUUAGUCACGCGGCCUGGACCAUUAUCAUCUACCUUUUGUGCGGCCAUCCACGUACCUCUGCUUUGUGAUGCGAGAUGAGGAGCGGAGGCGGCGUCCCCCUGGCCGCUCUGCUUCUCGGCCUCCUCUUGGAGUGUGCACUAGGAGUGUUGGCCUGGGAGGUGAGGGAGGACUUCUACGGUGCGGGGGUCGAGAAUCCUGAGGUGUCUUGGGGCCAGAAGAAGGAGGUGAAGAGAGUCCAGCCGCCUAACCACGACUUGGGGUGUAGCUGCUCGCCGGAGGUAUUGGGGUGCCGGGACGAGACAGGAGUGUGUAUGUGCGUGGACAAACACCUCGUCUGCAAUGGGGAGGUUGACUGUCCAGGAGGAGAGGAUGAGGUAGACUGCAGCCCAAACCAGUGUACAGAGUUCAUGUGCGGCAGUGGUCGUUGUGUCGAAAAGGGCAGACUGUGUGAUGGCUUCGACGACUGUGGUGACGAUUCUGACGAAGUUUUGUGUAAACUGCCGCCCAUGCCCGGUGGCUGUUACCCCGGCCAGUUCAACUGUUCGAGCGGCCACUUCUGUAUCUCUCCCAAGUGGCGCUGUGAUGGCGACUUCGACUGUCAGGACAAAUCCGACGAAGCAAACUGUACUGUGAGCACGUGUCCGGCCUCUGAGCACCUGUGUGGGGACGGCCACUGUAUUCAUCACACGUGGGUCUGUGAUAAGGAAUUCGACUGUGAUGAUCGUUCGGAUGAGUUAGAUUGUCCCACGACGGACGAGACGACGUGUACGCCCGACCAGGUACAGUGUGAAUCAGGGGGACGCUGUGUCAUGGAGCACUACGCCUGCGACGGUGAGAACGACUGUGGCGAUUGGUCUGACGAACACGAUUGCAACAUCACUACCUGUGCUCCCGACGAGUUCAAAUGCCAGAGUGGGAAGUGUAUCGAGCAUAAGUGGGUGUGUGACUAUAUCGAUGACUGUGAUGACGGAGAAGAUGAGGCGACCUGUCCUCAUCCCUCUGAAGAUGUGGUGAGUGACAUAAGCCAGGUGAGGCCAUGUCAUUUUGAAGUAGGUUAUCUUGUUUACUGCCGCUGA